CACACACACACACACACACACACAGGGAAAGAGAGAAAGCUGUCUUUCAGGUUUUCUCGAUCACAACAAAUCCUCAGUCGACGCCAUUCAGAGUCUGAUUCUAAGAAGAAACAAUUUUUGUCCGGGAGUCAAAGUUUACAUGAAACAUAGACUACACAUGAAUUAAUCACCUGGGGAUUUUUUUUUCUGUUGUGUUGUUUGCUUAACUGCUUUAGUAUACUAUACAUAAUACCAUUUAGUGUUUGUAGGCUACAGAGUAGACGGAUAUACAGCAGCCAAAUGGAUCGAUUGGAUUUUCUAACGGAGGAUGAGUUGAUUAGAUAUUUUCGCCGCGCAAAGACAGAGAUAUCUUGUAUAGAGGAACCGCACGUCUUCCUCAGCCAGCUCCGAGACCAUGACCUGGUACCUGAUGAUCUCUACAAGAAGGUCAUGAGGAUGAGGAAUAAAGUGAGAAAGGAGAAAGGUGUGUAUGAGAUUUUGGACUGGCUGGAGGAUAACCGCGGAGAACAUAUGAAAAUAUUUUGGAGUUGCGUGUUUCAGGAUCACAUCCAGCAGAAAUAUCCCACUCUCCGUUUGCUCCGAAACACCCUUCUGGAUGAUUUCCAUAAGAUUGAUGAAAAACUUCCCAAUGCACCAAAACCAGGCAGGAAUAAGGACGUUCAGAGAGAGGAAAAGAAGCAAGAGCAAAAGAAGGGCACAACAAAAAGAAAGAAAACUGGUGAAGACGCAGAUGAAGAGGAACCUGGCCCUUCCUCUGUGUCCAGACAGAAGAAAUUAAAGCCCACAUUCUCCCUACUGUUAAAGAAAGGAGAGCUUCCUGUUACCUGCGGAGACAAAAAAGGCACAUUAUAUCCAGACAAGCUUGCGAGAGGGGACAAGUGUAUUUUGUACCAGGACCGCUGGUUCACCCCAAAUGAGUUUGAGAGACUUGGAGGAAAAGGAAGAAGCAAGAACUGGAAACUCACCGUCCGCUACAAAAACAUCCCACUGCAGAAACUGUUAAAGGAUGGUCGAUUGAAGUGUCCACGCACAUACAGAGUCAAACGACGGAAGCUGAAUCAGUGCUACAUUUGUAACACUGGGGGUAAACUGGUCUGCUGCAAUGUGUGUCCACGAACUUUUCACCAUCGCUGCCACCUACCAACUCUGCAUGAGGACACACUUGGGCAUAACUGGAUGUGUACUUGGUGUGUGUUCAAUGCUAACCACAGAUUAUGGAUUCACAUGGACAGGAACGGCGCUUUGAGAAUUCCUGUUUCUGGAAACAUAAUGCGCUGUGAGUAUUUGCUGUUGUGUUUGUAUAAGGAGGACACACAGCAUGUGUUUACUGGCAAUCCUACAACAAGGAUGGGGAGAUCCAGCAGUGUGACCACCAACCCAAUGUGGCUAAACAGAGUGAAGGCCAAACUGCAGAAAAACAAGUAUACAACUGUGGGUCAGUUUGUGCGGGACAUCAAUCUGAUCUUCAUCAACUGCCAAGUUUUUAACAGGUUUCCGGGUUUAGUGGCGGGCAGUGAGGCAGGCUGGCAGGCGGGAGGUUUGUGGUGUUUUGGAGGUUUAUAUUUGCGUAACAAAUCUUCCUUCGGCGCUGAGACACUCACAGCACUUCAGGAUAUCAAAGUUUCAUCUCAUCUCAUCUGUCAUCUGGUGAAUUAUUGUCCAUGUAAAUGGACCACUGGUGAAUUGUGCAGGUAUGUGAAUGGGAGUCCCUCAGACCCAAUGGAUCCAUUGGAUUUUCUAACUGAAGAAGAGAUGAUGCAGUUUUUUCACCGUAAGAAGACAGAGAUCUCUUGCAUGGAGGAACCGCACACCUUCCUCAACCAGCUCCGAGACCACAACCUGGUGUCUGAGAAGCUCUACCAGAAGGUAAUAAAGAUGAAGAGUAAAGAGAGAAAGCGGGCAGGUGUGUAUGAGAUUUUGGACUGGCUGGAGAAUGAGCGAGGGCAGUUUAUGAAACUGUUUUGGAGGUGUGUGUUUCAGGAUCACAUCCUUCAAAAAUAUCCUGUUCUCCGCUUGCUCCGAAACAGCCUUCUGGAUGCCUCUGCCAAGUAUUACGAGAGGCUCCCUGAUAUGGAGGAAGUGAACAGUAACAAGAAAGAGCCAGUGCAGGAACAGAAAAUGAAAGUAAAGGGAAAGAAAGAAGGCAAGAGAAAGAAAAGUGUUGAAGAGACAGAUGAGGAGGAGGAAGAGGAGGAGGAGGAACCAGGACCUUCAUCUUGCUCCACCCCUACCCAGAGGAAACCAACCAGAAAGCCCACAUUCUCCUCUCCAUUAAAAAAAGGAAAGGAUUCUGAAAUUUGGACGUGGGAUCUGUAUAAAACUUGUCUCCCUGUUAACUGUGGUGAUAAAAAAGGCACACUGCAUCGGGGCAAGCUAGCCAGAGGGAUUCCGUGUAUUCUGAGUAAUGGUAAGUGGUUCAUCCCGAGUGGCUUUGAGAAGUUUGCGGGAAAAGGGUACUGUAAGAACUGGAAGUCCUCCAUCCGCUGCCUAAAAACACCACUACAAAAACUUAUCCAGGCGGGCCAUCUGCAGUGUCCACGCAUUAAGAGAUGGUGUGUUCGGAAGAGUCAGAAAGUGCUGUUUCCCAUCAGUUCUGCUGAAAGCUCCAGCUCUCAAUCCAGUGUAGAGAUGGAGGGGUCAGAUGAAGAGCAAGAAGAAGAAGAUGACAGCAGUGAGGAAGAAGAGAGUGAGCCGGUGUCUCUGUUGGAGUUUGAGGCCGCAGUAUUACCAGUUAGCUGUGGUUCCAUCACUGGGGAUUUAUACAAAAAAAGAUUUGCAGGGUCACGGUGUAAGAGCAUCCGCACAGAGGAGCGCUGGUUCACUCCUGAGGAGUUCAUAAAGCAGGAGUUAACUCUGACAGACAGCCACUGGAAGAAAGAUAUACUGUGUCAUGGCAAACCCCUGAACUACCUGGUGAAGAAGAAGAUCCUGUUUAUCCAUUCGCUGCUGUGUACAUGUGAUCAGUGCGCUCCUGAAGACCCACUGGCUCAGAAUAACGAUGACAUUUGCUUCAUUUGUAACUCUGAUGAAGAUGAUGACGGAGAUCUGGUAUGCUGUGACGAGUGUCCCCGAGCUUUCCAUCAGGACUGUCACCUACCAACUCCACACGAUGACACUGAUGAGGAUAAAUGGAUGUGCACUUUCUGUGUUUGGAAGAUUAACCAUCAAAUGUGGAUUCCCAUGAGUCUGGAAGAUACUUUGAACAGUCCUGUAAGCCAAAACAUCAUGAACUGUGAGUAUUUGCUGUUGUGUUUGUAUAAAGAGGAUAAACAGCGCGGGUUUACUGACGAUCCCUUCAUGACAGUGCCAGGAUACAGUCGUGUGAUUUCUAAUCCCAUGUGGCUGAACAGAGUGAAGACCAAACUGCAGAAAAAUGAGUACAGCACCGUGAGAGAGUUUGUAGGUGACCUCAGGCUCAUCUUCCAAAACUGCCAAACUUUUUACAAGGAUAAUGACUUUGGCAUGAUGGGAGCCAGACUGAGCGAGAGCUUUGAGCAGAAGUUCCGCAUCGUCUUUAAAAUCCAGUAGAGAUUCUCCUGUUUCACAAACCUGUGUAUGAUCGUUCGGUUUACAACUGAAAGAGUGUUUGCUCAAAAUGUGAUAAUCGGGAAUUUUUUUUUUUUAAUAUUUUUUUUAUGAUUAAAUAUUAUCAGGGGAAUUAAUUGUGAAUUAAACAUGACCAGACUAGUCAGGGCAAGAAUCGUCACAAGUGUUGCUGCGCCACAAAAUGUAAGAGCCAAUCAGAUUCCUGUAUGCAGAUUCAGGAAGGAGGCGAGCAUUUGGUGUAGAGGGACAUCUCAAACUUGCAUAUUUAUUGUGCCGGGAUUUUCCCUGUUCUACAGGGUCACAGGCAAGCUGGAUCCUAUCCCAGCUGAUUAUGGGUGAGAGGCGGGGUACACCCUGGACAG